AUGUCGUCCCAAAAAUUCAAUGACAUUAUCUUUGAGAUAUCAGGACAGAUUGGUACGAUCAAGUUCAACCGUCCCAAAAGCCUCAAUGCUUUCGGAGGAAAUCUCAUGGGCGAGACCGUAGCGGCAAUCCGAGAGCUGAAUGAUCAUCCAACUACUGUUUUCACCGUACUUACUGGCGAGGGACGAUUCUUUUCCGCUGGUGCUGAUGUUCGAGGGAGUGGACUUGACACUCAAGAUACACAUGCCAAUGCAGCGGAGAAGAAGAUAGCCUUUCUAGCACGGUUUGGAGCAGCACUCGAAUUACUCCGCUCGAUAAUUGACCACAAGAAGGUCUUCGUUUUAGCUUUAAACGGACCAGGAGUUGGUGGAGGCGCAGCGUGGUUCACUGGCAUAGCUGACAUAGUCCUCGCAUCUUCGUCAUGCUAUCUACAAGUACCAUUCUCAGCACUCGGGUUAGUACCUGAGAAUGGCUCAGCCAUCAACUUUUCUCAAAGUAUGGGUGUACAUCGAGCAAACGAGUUCUUAAUGUUCGGACGAAAACUAUCAGUGGAAGAAUUAGAACAGUGGGGUAUGGUAAACCGGAUAUUUCCCAAAGAAAACUUUCAUCAAAGUGUCAAGGAGUACUUGGAGGAACAGUUGAGGGUCAAUGAUGGUAAGAGCAUGAUGGAGACGAAGAGGUUGCAAAAUGCGCCGUUGAGAGAUGGAAGGUUGAUCGCUGUGGUCAACAGUGUAGAUGCUUUAGCAGAGAGGUUUGUAGAAGGUGCGCCGAUGAAGAGGUUUGAGAUCAAGAAGAAAGAGCUUGAAGGUAUGUUUCCUGGCCGAUCUAAGAUUUGA